AUGCACCUCCACGGGCGGCUCGGCUGCGAGCACGCGUACCCCGACGAGCUGAAGGACCUCACGCCGCUCGAGGAGAAGCUCAUCUCACUCAACUCGUGCUACGGCUUCGUGACGAAGUACAGCAUCCCGGGCGGUCAGAGGCAGAGCCCGCUAGGUGCUGCCGCACCGCUGCUCCGGGUCAUGGACGAGAUCCACGUCUCGUGGCAGGGUGCCGAGAGGCCCGGGCCGCGCGACCUAUCGGGCCUGCUGUCGGUAAGGCGGUCGGCGGUGGAGAGGGCGCUAGCCUGGCUCAAGGAGAACAAUCCGCUCUACGGCGAGGUCGAGAUCGACGCGGCGGAGAUGGCCAGCUGGGGGCGCCGCCGCACGGGUGCCGCCAGUGGUGUGGUGCCGCCGUCGGAGCGGGCCAUGGACGACGAGGGUGCGGUCGAGAUCGAGGAGGUCCUCGCGAUGCUGAGGCAGGGGCGGGACCCCACCGAGGGGAGCCGUGACGUCGGGCUCACGUGCGAGGACGACGACGGGGACGGCGCUAGGCCCGAAGAGGACGGGGACGUAAUCAACGAGGUGACGUCUUCCGGCAUGUUCCCGUUGGACGGGGCGCCAGAGGUGGCCGAUGCUGAGAAGAUUCGCUUCGCCCGCGGUGCCGUCGGGCCCGAGGGAGCGCGCGCCGGCCCGAGGACGUGGGUAGGGACUGCGGCCCGAGAGGCGGAGGGCGAUGGCGGCGACGUCGAGCCGCACAUACAGGUGCGGCGCGGCGAGGAUUUCGCCGACUCGGCGGACGCCUCCUUCUUCGCAAAGGCCUUUCCGACCCUGAACCGCCAGGCCAGCAUGCUAGGCGUCACGAGGAAGAACUUCGCAAGGGUCGAGGGCCUGUUAAAGUCGUUAACGGCGCAGAGGCUCGAGGCGGCGAGGGUCGAGCUCGAGGCCACGGGCAAGACUAGCGACGACGGGGUAAAGGAGCUCAUCCGUAUGCGGAAGAAGAUACUAUCCCUCAUCAUAAGGCACGGGGUGCCGGCCAUCUGGUUCACGCUGAACCCGAACGACAUUACAAACCUGGUAAAGUUGCGGCUGGCACACCGCGGCCGCGACCCGGACGAGGCCGAGGCCUUCCUACGAGACCUAGGGACCGCGUAUAAGCGGACCCAGCUGGCCAUAUCGGACCCGAUGAGCUCGGCCGUCUUCUUCCACCGGGAGAUGACGCUCUUCUUCGAGCACUACGUCAACGUCGGGGAGGACGAGGCGCUCUCCACAUCCACGGGCUCCUCUGGCUGGGGCAACGCGGGCCUUGGCGAGGCGCUCGCCGGCCCCGAUACGGAGAAGCAGGCGGCGUACCGGGAGCGCAUCGUCCGCUACGUAGAUAGCGUCUUCUCCGAGGAGCUAGACGCAGAAGGUUACUGCGCCGUGCAGGCGGAGCGGUCGGCCACGGCGGACAUAUCGUCGCGGCUCGACGACGUCGCGCGCUUCACGGACACCUUCGACGAGGAGGCCAACUUCUGCGCCGGCGCGACGCAGAUCCACACGCAUAGCGCGACCUGCGUAAAAUACUCGCUCGGCGCGAGGGCGCGGAAGGGGGACCUCUGCCGGUUCAAGGCGCCGUGGAGGCUGGUGGAGAGGACGGCGCUGACGGCGGACGGGGUGCUCGAGAUCCGGCGGACGCAUAGCAUGGUGAACCGGUGGAACCGGGCGAUGGCAGUAGGACUACGGCACAACCACGACAUCUCGUUCAUCGCGACGCAGCGCAAGACCAUGGCCCUAAUCUACUACAUUACCAACUAUGCGACGAAGAGCCGACGGGAGAGGGCAACGGAAGUGGCGCCGACCGCGACGCCGGCCGAGGGGCGGGGCCGAAGGGGUGGCGACGGCGGCGGACCCCAGGGGAACAAGACGAGAACGUUCCUGCUCAAGGCGGCGAACCGAGUAUUUACGGAGCGGCCGCUGUCGCAGGUCGAGGUGAUCGCGCACCUCCUAGGGUACCCGGCAGAAUUUAGCAGCGGCUCGGCGUGGGCGUACGUGAACGCGAACCAGCUCUACUGGGCCGUCUUCCGCCGGUGGCGGCACCUCCGACGGGCGAGCGGCGCGGAGGCGACGGGCGACGCGCCGGACGAGACGGUCGUCGUCGAGGAGGCCGGGCCGAGGAUCCCCCUCGUCGAGGCCUACCGGCACAGGGGCGAGCUCCUACGGGGCCUCUGCCUUUAUGACUACGCAUCGCUCGUAAGGCUAAAGCGAAACGGCCGCGGCGCCGACGGUGGGACGGGCUGGGGCGAGGUACCCUUCGCGGAGAGCUGGGCGUCGGGGAAGGGCUGGGUGCAGGCGCUUAGGCGGCCGGGUAGCGGGGCGACCGUAUGCCUCGACGAAUACCUCAGCAAGGAGUUUAGCGAGGGAGACGACGAGUCGUGCCACCGAAGGCGACAUCAACGACAUCUGGGCGCGGGCGCGGAGUCGCUGGCGCCGAGGGUCGCGCGGCUCGCAGACAACGUGCAGCUCCUCCGGCGGUCGGCGGAGGACGCGAAGCGCGACGCCAAGCAGUGGGCCGCCACGGCCGAGGAGGGCGGUAUGACGGCGCCGCAGGCCGGCGACGAAGGAAGGGGGGCGGCCGAGGGGGGCGAGGAGGCGUACCGCGCCGGCGGGGCGGGCGACGCGGCCCCGCGCGUCGACGUCGAUCGGAAUGCCGCCGGCGCGGGACAAGUCACGGCGCAGUCAACAGAGCUGCUAGCGAUGACGCAGCAGCUCUGCCGGUUCCAGCAGUCGGCGCUGGGGUCGGAGGCCGAGCUCGCGGCGACGGUAGUGGCGGAGGAGGGCAGGCAGGCGGGUGAACCUACCGGGCUCGGAGCUCUCGGGGCGGCGCUGCCACGGCAAGAAGAGGGCAUCCAGGGCGGCGGGGCGGCGGCGGGCGUCGGGGCCGACCGCGGCGCGGCUCUUCGCGGGGUGAUGGGGGGCUUCGGCGAGGACGACAUGGACGUAACGGCGGCCGACGGCGACGUAGACGCUGGCACGGCGGCGGUGAUGCGCGCCAUCGCUCUCCUAAUCGUAUGCCGGCAGCUCGACCGAAUCCGGCAGGGCGACGACGCAGGCGGCGAUGGCGGCGGCCAGCUCUGCCUGUUCAUCGGCGGCGAGGGCGGCACCGGCAAGUCGCGCGUCAUCGAGGCGCUCGUCGAGCUGCUCGCCCGGAGGGACCUAUCGAGCCGGCUGCUGGUGACGGCGACGUCGGGCACGGCGGCAGCACGGAUCAACGGCAUCACACUACACUCGGCCUGCGGCCUUACGGUCGGCCAGGGCGGCCGGGCGGGAGGGGCGACGAGGGACGUAGACGGCGUACGGCUGCCGGGCCAGGGCGAGCGCUUCGUCGACGGCCGGUCGCGGAUGGACUGGCAGGAGAAGGAGGUGCUGGUGAUCGACGAGGUCAGCAUGCUCGGGGCGCGGACGCUGCACGCCGCCAACGAGCAGCUGUGCAGGCUGCGGGGGUCGGCGCGAGACUUCGGCGGCAUCCCGGUGGUGAUCUUCUGCGGCGACUUCCACCAGUUCCGGCCGGUGCAGGAGCGGUCGAUCCUGCUGCCGAGCGCGGCGGUGGCGUGGGACGAGGACGGGGCGUUCGCGGCCGAGCAGCGGCGGCAGCACGACAAGGCGCACGCGCUGUGGCGGCGGUUCACGACGGUCGUCAUGCUGGACGAGCAGAUGCGGGCCGCCGGCGACCCGGAGCUGCGGCGACUGCUCGGGCGCAUCCGCCGGGGGGAGCAGGACCGGUCGGACCUAGAGCUGCUCAACUCGAGGUGCCACCGGCCGGGCAGGCGGAUCCCGUGGGAGACGGGCCUGACGGUGGUCACGCCUCUCAACCGCAACCGCUGGAACCUCAACCUAGAGGCGGCGCUCGCGUUCCGGGCGCGGCGGCGGACGGCGGCGCGCAUAUUCCUGUCCGAGCACAAGUGGAGGGAGGGCCUGCCGACGGAGGAGGAGGCGGUGUUAAUGCUGUGCCAGGGCGACGACAGCGCGACGCCGGUGCCGGCCGUCUUCGUUUUCGUGCCGGGCAUGCCGGUCGUCGUGAACCAGAACACGCACCAGGGGCUGAAGCUAGUGAACGGGGCCGGCUACACGGCGGUAGACGUCAUCCCCGACCGGGCCUUCCCCGGCCACCGGGUCUCGGCCGAGCUGACGAUGCACUUCGGGCCGCCGGCGGGCAUCGUGCUGGCUUCGGAGACGACGAGGGACUUCCACUUCGUCGGGAUGCCGGCCGGGACGAUCCUGCUGACGCCCAUCAGCGUCAAGAUCACGGCGCAGCGGAAGCGGCCGUGGCAGCGCAACGACGUCAGCCGGAGGGGCCUGCCGUGCGCGGCGGCCUUCGCCUGCACCGACUACAAGGUGCAGGGCGGGACGCUGGAGCGCGUGGCGCUGGAGCUGCGGGGGGCGAGGAUGACGACGGUCGAGGGGAGGGCGGUGCCGUCGCCGUGCGACCCGUACAGCCUGUACGUGCAGCUGUCGCGGUGCCCGACGCUCGACGGCAUCAUGCUCGUAUCGGAGGUGCGGGAGCGGGAUCUAGUCGGGAACCGGGUGCCCGAGGAGAUGACGGCAGCGCAGGCCCGGCUAGAGGAGCUUAGCAGGCAGACGACGCAGGAGGCGGCCGACUGGCUCCGCGGGUAA